UGGAUUCCAAAUUACUCACAGAUAGCUAGGCCGCUUACAGAACUUGUGCGAAAGAACACAGAUUUUAUUUGGGAUGACAGGAGGGAAAAAGCUUUCAAUAUGCUCAAGCAACUCGUAUCUUCAGCGCCAGCGCUCAGACCAAUUGACUAUGAGUCAUUAAAUCCAAUCAUCUUAUCAGUUGACUCCAGCUAUGUAGCUGUAGGUUUCAUUCUCUCUCAGCUUGAUGAUCAAGGAAGAAGAAGACCCGCUCGGUACGGAUCGCUACCAAUGAGCGAAGUUGAGUCUAGAUAUUCUCAGCCCAAACUGGAAUUAUUUGGACUAUACAGAGCACUCAGACACUAUAGGCUAUACAUCAUAGGGGUCAAGAAUCUUUAUGUGGAGGUGGAUGCAAAAUACAUCAAAGGGAUGUUAAACUCGCCAGACUUACAACCAAAUGCAGCUAUUAAUAGAUGGAUUCAAGGAAUCUUGCUCUUUGAUUUCACACUGGUCCAUGUUCCAGCAGAAAGGUUCAAGGCGGAGGAUGCCCUAUCAAGAAGA